AUGUCAUCUUCUUUUGAGAGUGGAGUAUCGAACACGAUAGAGCCUAUGGCCAUAGUCUCAGAUGACGAGAUAGCCACAGACCCUGAGGUUUUCACUUCAGACACUACGAGCAGCGACGAUGAUGACUUUCAUCCCUUUGCUUUACCAGAUUUUGGAGAUGACAUACCUAUAGCUGAUGGUUUUCAUGACGGGGAUCUACUUCUUGUCCCGAUCCCUGCUCCUUUUCCUCUUGCUGCAUUUCCUUUGGAGGAUCUGCCUCUUGAUGAUAUGUUUGACGACGACAUCGAUCUCUUUAUCGAGGGUCCCCCUGAGGAUGCCCAGGAUGGCGGGGCUCCGGUUGAUAAUAACGUCGCUAUUCCGCUUGCAGAGAUUCCAGUCGAUGAUGACGUUGUUGUUCCGCUUGUCGAGAUUCCAGUCGCUGAUAUCAUUGCUGUUCCGUUGGUCGAGAUUCCUGUUGUUGAGAUCUCAUCUGACCAUUCAAGUCCUGACUCAUUCGAGUCCGUAUCAUCUGCUACUUUACACGCAUGGGGCGUGCAACAUUAUCCCACUAAUACUGAUUCCGACACAGCGAUGUCUGCCGCACCUAUCUUUCCACACGACUUUGACCCUGAUCAUGAGAUUGAGUUUGUACCUGACGAGCCACCUUUUGAGGCACCUAUCAUUCCUGAUGAUCAGCUCUUUGAUAUACCCGCUGAUCUUGAGUAUGCUCCAGCUGACCCUGAGCCUGAGAUUGUACCAGAGCCUAUACCUGCUCACGACCCUCUACCUGUGCAUGACCCUAUCCCUGCUGAUGUACCUAUUUCUGCACCACCUUUGCCUGACCCGAUCCCUGUACUUGUUGAUCGUGCUCCUUUUGCUACCCAUGUAGACCCCAGAUAUGUUCACACCCGCAAUGGGUGGAUUGAGGACGACGACGACUAUCCUCCUUUUGUUCGACCACUUAUUCCCCCACCUGCAUCUACCCAGGCACCCGUUGAUAUCGCCCCAUUUCACCCACAUGAGUCCGACAUUCACCGCACAGAUCUACCAGUCACAUUCCUUCAGGAUAUCCUUCCUCUCCAUCCAGGGGAAGGACCAUCGAGUCAGCAGCCCAGUCAGAUACCUUCUGUGUCAGCAGCCGAUCAUUUCAUGCCAUAG